AACUAGAGUCCGUCCCGUAUGAAGACAAUGCCACAGAACUACUGCAUCAGGCAGGAAAGCGGGGUUUUGUUGGCGGGUUUGGGUGAAUGACCUCGCUUUCCCGCCUGUGUACUGGAUAAACAACGCGGGUAAAUAAAAACAAAAGAGCCCGGAUGUAAGCAUGGGUUAGCCCGCACGCAUGCGCCAUUCAUGCGACCAACAUGUCGGACGAUAAUUCGGAUGCGAAGCCGGCAGAGGGUUCUGGAUCGGGGGACCAGCAGUAUAUCAAGCUCAAAGUUAUGGGCCAGGACAACAGUGAGAUCCAUUUCAAGGUGAAAAUGACCACCCAGAUGAGGAAGCUCAAAGAGUCAUACUGUCAGAGACAGGGAGUUCCUAUCAACUCAUUGCGGUUCCUAUUUGAUGGACAGCGCAUUAACGAUGACCAGACACCAAAGGAGUUGGAAAUGACAGAUAACGACAUAAUAGAGGUGUACCAGGAGCAGACAGGAGGGGGGGAACACUGAACCAAGGCAGCUUCCUGCAUUCCAACCAACCCUAAAUCACACUAUCGGUCCAUGCAAGCUGACACAUCUCAUCCCCGCUGUAGAUACCAUGGUGCAGUCCUAUUCUACCACAUGUUUCAAACAGACUGUGCAACAAGUGAUCAAGAUAUUAUCCCACAGUUUGUCAAUGUAGUUUGUAUUGCAGCUUUGUAAGAACAUGCUAGUUGUGGACUCCUUCUUUUUACGUCAUGUUACUUGCAUUUAUUAAAGAGCAACUGUGGUAGAAUUAUGUUACUAAGUUGUAUCACUAGUGGUGAUGAGAUUUGGCAGAGUUAUCAAAGAAGCUGGUGUUUCCUUCUGCAAGGACACAGCAACUACAUUUGCAUCUCUUGCUUUCCCCUUUUCACAGCAUAAGGUACCCAAACAGGAGAAGUAGCAAGUUUUGCUUACAGUAUUUUAAGGAAGAGGUUUUUCACUGGGGCAAAGGUGGAAAAGAGUAAGGAAAUACAAAAGUAGUUGUCCCCAUAUGGCUGCUUGCUUUUUGAGAAAGUUUGGUACAAUGUUUGCUACCACUUUUUCUACUGUGAUCAAGGGGAAUAGCAAGACAGAGAGGUUAAAAAUAUUCUUUUAUUUUAACAUUAACAUCUAGUGAUAUGUUGUAAUGUCCCCAGUGGCUUUGGGGUUUCAGUGCCUCAUUGUCUGUUGAUGCCCUAAAAGUAAAACAGAGAGAGAAAAUGUACACAAUGUUACAUACUGUUACUUUCUUAGGCUUUGUUUUCUAAGUGUAUAGAAGUUGUUGUGUUGUUGAAAAGGAGAUUGAUGUUUAGCUGUAGUUGUAGAAUGUUUUUUUUUCCCCUGUAUGAUAAUCUUUACAAAACAGAGUACUUGUCCUGUGAUUCAAACUGUGACAUACCCUCAACAGACAUCUAAAGGAACAGAUAAAUAAACCUUUUUUGAAUAUGUAUAACUAAUAUUGCAUUCAUACAGAACACCUCUAAGCAUCCUUUCUAAAGCAAUCAACAUGCAGCUUGUAUCUUUUACUAGUUUCAAAGAUGCCCCCAUUAUUUCUGCAUAAGAAUUGUGACUUGUUAUUAUGGUACAAGUAAGCAAGCUUCACCUGAAGUUAGAAGUCUUUGGAGUUAUACGUUUUACCACUGUCAGUCCUUGGCUUCAUUUUGUGAUCAUCAGUUGGAUUGGCUACCCUGUAAUAUUUUUUAAAUCUUCUGGAAGGAUAUGUAUUAGAGAAGCCAGGGCUUGAGUCUGGUAAAAAGUGUAGAUUCAAAGAAGACAGGCCAAAAUUCGUAGUUCUGACACCCCGGCCAUGUUAUGUAAAGUAAAUCAUGCUCU